CUCUCCUCACCUAAACAAACAGCAGUUGACAUCGGUUAGAGAGAAAGUAUCAGAGAACAGCGUGGGGGUUUUCAGCAGCAAUACAAGAACUUCUCCAUUCGACUUUUCCCAGAGAAUUUUGGCCUUUUCAACUUUCAUGUAAAGCUUCAGGAUUAUACAAACCUAAAAAAUGAUCUUGAUGAAGGAGCUGAGGGGGAAGGCAGCCCUUCUCCAAGUAAGUGUUAGAGGAUUUCUCCUUGGCCGCUAAGGGUUUGUGUUGGGUAAAGAAAGGCUCCUAACAAACCAGCAUUCUUUUCCACAUGAUCAGAGCUAACCGGCCCCCCUGCAGGCAAAAUGACCAAUCAAAUCAGCUUCAGAGGAAAACCAGCCCCCCAGCACUAUAAACACAGGAAUGAGACACACAAACCCAUUUUUAAAGGGUUUUGGUGGUUUUUUUUAAAUCUCUACCAGCCACUUGUGGGAAGUUUCUUGCCAGCGGUGGGACCAAUACACCAGAGCAGCCCAGUCCUUCUCCUGGAGCCCAGGUUACCCCAUCCUCCUGCACACAACCCUUCAAAGACUGCCCAUGACAACGGAUAUGAUGGAGAGCAACAACACCAAAGCCAGCGCUCCCCUGCUGGCCCAGCGGCACCAGCGCAUGGUGACCAAGGACGGGCACAGCACCCUGCAGAUGGACGGGGCGCGGGGCAAAGGCCUGGCCUAUCUGCGCGACGCCUGGGGAAUCCUCAUGGACAUGCGCUGGAGGUGGAUGAUGCUCGUCUUCUCCGCUUCCUUUGUCCUCCACUGGCUGGUCUUUGCAGUGCUCUGGUACCUGCUGGCUGAGAUGAACGGGGACCUGGAGCUGGACCACGACGCUCCCCCUGACAACCACACUAUCUGUGUCAAGUACAUCACCAGUUUUACAGCCGCUUUCUCCUUCUCCCUGGAGACACAGCUCACCAUCGGCUACGGCACCAUGUUCCCCAGCGGGGACUGUCCCAGCGCCAUCGCACUGCUGGCAAUCCAGAUGGUCCUGGGGCUCAUGCUGGAAGCCUUCAUCACAGGUGCAUUCGUGGCCAAGAUCGCCCGCCCGAAGAACCGGGCGUUCUCCAUCCGCUUCACACGCUCUGCCGUGGUGACACACCCCGAGGGAAAGCCACACCUCAUGUUCCAGGUGGCCAACACUCGCUCCAGCCCCCUGACCAGCGUCCAGAUCUCUGCUAUCCUGUACCAAGAGCAGGAGAACGGGCAGCUGCACCAAACGAGCAUCGACUUCCACCUCGACAGCGUUAGCGCGGCCGAGUGUCCUUUCUUCAUCUUCCCGCUGACCUACUACCAUUCCAUCUCUCCAUCCAGCCCGCUGGCUGCUCUCCUCCAGAGAGAAGCUCCUCACCACUUUGAGCUGGUCGUCUUCCUGUCAGCUGUGCAGGAGGGCACGGGAGAAACAUGCCAAAGGAGAACGUCCUACCUGCCCUCGGAGAUCCUGCUGUCCCACCGCUUCGCCCCCGUGCUGGCCCGCAGUGCCCAAGGCGAGUACCACAUCCAGAUGGAGAACUUUGACAAGACUAUUCCUGAGCUCCCGGCUGCAGCCGACUCCAAGAGCCCCAGGAGGACUGACAAGGAGAUCCGCAUCAACGGGCAGCACGCUGACAGCUUCCAGCUCUCCGAGACUGGCCUCACAGAAUAGAGAGAACAGACUGUGGACUCGGGGCUUUUUUAAUUAUUAUUACAUUAAACUGUCAGGUUCCACUUACAACCUUCCCUCCUUGCCUGCCCUGCCAUCUUCUAGUGAUCCUUUUCUUGUACUUCCAUUCCUUUGAUUACAAUGUGACACAGAGUGAAGAGAACAGAGUGAAGAGAAUAUCCUGCCCCGAGGGGCUGGAUGAUCACCCAGCAUGGAGUCAGGUACAAGAACCACAGUACAAACAUCAGAAGAGCUACCUGCUGAAUUCUCCAGACUGUGAUUAAAGCCACACUGAGCCCAGAAGGAGAGA